AUGGGCCCCUCCACAUCUGAUCCUAUUAUUAUUGUCGGGGCUGGAUCCUUGGGCCUUUCAGCGGCUCUUCAUCUCGCCCAAAGAGGCUACACCGACGUUUCGGUGUUCGGAAAGAAUGAUGAUGUCCCUCCGGGAGACUUGUCAAUUGUAGUCUAUCGCACAGCCCAAGACGCAGGCGUGCAGUUUUUUCCGGGACAACAGGUCGACGAGAUUGUAUACGUGAGCACCUUGACCGGGAGGAAGAACGCGGGCAUUCGCACACAGGAUGGUCAAUUCUACAGCUCAGUCCUAGUCAUCAUUGAGGCUGGAGCUGGAGAUAGCCACCCAAUGUCUCAAGUUGACCCCAUGCAUGAUCCCUUGGCUACGCCCCUGUCAUGGUACACCAACCUCUCGCAUUCUCUCGUCAAUUACGUGCCACAAGAUUCUUCCGUCAUAUUACUCUCUAGCAGCUGCAAAUGCUCGGGACAGGGCUCUAGCUUGUUCUCUUUGGUGGGGUCUAUGGUCUUGGAUCUCUUAGGAGCAACGAGUGAUCAGCCAAUCGCUGUCAAGACUAAAGAGUUGUCUGAUAUUCUACCGCAAAAUUUGGCGAGACUGUGA